CUACUCCGUAUAUAAUAGCCCGCAGAAGCCAUACUUUCCUUACCCCUCACGUAUUUACUCCAAAUUAAGAAAGAGAUCUGAGGCCAUAUACUUCGUAUAUACUAAUUACCAAGUAAGAUGAAACAUAAUAAGAAAACAGUCCCCUUCUCAAUCCUUUUGAUCCUUUCAGUGAUGAAGGUCUGUUUGGGGGGAGAAAUAGCGAUAUACUGGGGACAAAAUGGGAACGAGGGCAGCCUGGGAGAUACCUGCGCCUCCGGCAACUACAACAUCGUCAACGUCGCUUUCUUGACCGUGUUCGGAAGUGGUCGGACUCCGGUCCUGAACCUCGCCGGCCACUGUGAUCCUGGCAGCAAUGGGUGCACCGGCCUGAGCGCCGACAUCAAAGCCUGCAAGAGUCAGGGCAUCAAAGUUCUGCUCUCCCUGGGAGGUGGGGUUGGCACCUAUUCCCUUUCUUCGGCUGAUGAUGCCAAGAGUGUGGCUCAAUAUUUGUGGGACAGCUACCUUGGCGGACAGUCAGGGUCAAGGCCGCUAGGAGACGAACCUCUUGACGGAGUUGACUUCGAUAUAGAAUCAGGCGGAAGUCAGUUCUACGGUGAACUUGCGACGGCCUUAAAGACGUUCGGACAGAACGUGUACUUAUCGGCGGCGCCUCAAUGUCCAUUCCCCGAUCAAAUGCUGCAAUCGGCCAUAAACACCGGCGUUUUCGACUCCGUUUGGGUUCAGUUCUACAACAACCCUCCCUGUCAGUAUUCUUCGGGGGACGCCUCCAAUCUCCUCAACUCUUGGAACAAUAAUUGGGCAAAUAUUCCCGCCGGGAAAGUCUUUCUUGGAUUGCCGGCCGCUCAGGCGGCUGCCGGGAGCGGUUUCAUCCCGGCCGAUGUGGUUACUUCUCAGAUCCUUCCGGCCAUCAAAGGUUCGGCUAAAUACGGAGGAGUGAUGCUCUGGUCUAAAUUCAAUGACAACGGCUAUAGCUCAAGUAUAAAGUCUGCUGUUUGAUCAAUCAAAAUUUUAUGUACUCUUUUCGUAAUGUUCUCAGCUUGUAUGAUUGAAUAAUUUUAUCACUUUUAUUUUUUAACUUUUUCAGUUGUGAGAACAUUGUUACACAAGAUUUUAUCCCAUGUUUGAGUUAAUCUACCAUCUUUUUCUCAUAUUCUCCAUAUAACUUUGAUAUGACUUUUUUGUACUUCAGAUUAAGAAAAGUAGUGAGAAGUAACAAUUAGAAUUGAA